AUGAAAGUUCUCCUUGUUCUGGUCGUGACUUUCGUGGCAACGGCGGCGAUUCGAUGUCAAUUCAACGGGGGACAAGCUGUCACGUGCACGUGCGGUGAAUUCUGUCUCCACUCCGUCCAUCAAGGAAAGCGUGUAGCCGGCUGUGGAUGCGAUUUGCAAAACGGCAUUUUGUGCAAGACAGAAGGCUGGCACAUCUUCAAAGGAAAUUACUACAAGUGCUGCCGAGGCGAUUUGUGCAAUUGGCUCCCAUCGCAUCCU